AUGGCCAAUCAGCUAACAAAGGUGUGGUCCCAAACAGCCAAUGAACAGGAAGAAGAAGUCGACCUCUGGGCCCUUUCAGCCUCGCUAUCAGAUGUGGUAGUGUCAGUGUUGGAUGGAGGAUGGGCAGAAGAAGAUCCCAGGGAGAUUUUGCGUUCGGUUUUUGAAUGUGUUGAGAAAGCAUGUGAUAAAUUGAAGCACCAGAAGAUUGAUGUCUCCAAUAUUAAAGCAAUUGGAGUGAGCAAUCAGAGGGAAACAACAAUCUUAUGGGACAAAAACACAGGACAACCCCUCCACAAUGCAAUUUUGUGGCUUGAUCUCAGGACACAGUCCACUGUGGAAAAGCUGAUCAACAAUGCACCAAACAAAGACAAAAAUAUUCUUCAGGAAAAGACUGGCCUUCCAAUUAGCACCUAUUUCAGUGCUGUGAAGUUACGCUGGCUUCUGGAUAAUGUGGAGAAAGUUAGGAAGGCUGUCGCAGAUGGUCGGGCCAUGUUUGGAACAGUUGAUUCUUGGCUUAUAUGGUGUUUGACAGGUGCACAUGAGGGUGGUGUUCAUUGUACAGAUGUUACCAAUGCUUGCAGAACUAUGCUGUUCAACAUCCAUACCUUGAAGUGGGAUCCUGAACUUUGUCAAUUCUUUGACAUUCCAAUGAAUAUUCUCCCAGAAGUGAAAAGUUCAUCAGAAAUUUAUGGAUUAAUGAGAUGUGGGACAUUAGCUCAAGUACCAAUUUCAGGUUGUUUAGGUGACCAAUCUGCUGCUUUGGUUGGACAAAUGUGUUUUCAGCCUGGACAAUCAAAAAACACAUAUGGAACAGGUUGUUUCCUCCUUAGUAAUACAGGUGAGAAGCCUAUUAUAUCCAAACAUGGCCUUCUGACAACAUUAGCAUAUAAACUGGGCAAGAACAACCCUGCAAUCUAUGCACUAGAGGGAUCAGUUGCCAUAGGUGGUGCUGUGGUACGCUGGCUUCGAGACAACCUUCAUAUCAUUAGCACAGCGGAGGAAGUUGAGAAGCUUGCUGCUUCUGUGGGUUCCUCCUACGGUUGCUAUUUUGUGCCAGCAUUCUCAGGGUUAUACGCACCAUAUUGGGAUACUACUGCAAGAGGAGUAAUAUGUGGCCUUACCCAGUAUACAAAUAGGAAUCAUCUUGCAUUUGCUGCGCUAGAGGCUGUUGCCUUUCAAACCCGUGAGCUUCUUGAGGCCAUGAAUAAAGAAUCUGGGGUCAAUCAAACCAGUCUCCAGGUGGAUGGAGGAAUGACGACUAACAAAAUAAUGAUGCAACUCCAAUCAGAUAUUCUUUCUAUACCAGUAGUGAAGCCAGCUAUGGCAGAAACAACUGCCUUAGGUGCUGCUAUGGCAGCUGGUUCUGCAGAUGGUGUUGGCGUGUGGAGUCUAUCUCCUGAUGAUCUCUCAGCAGUAGUAUGGGAGACAUUUGAACCUCAGAUAGAACCUGCUGAAAGCAACCAACGUUUUGCUAAGUGGAAGCUAGCUGUUGAAAAAUCACGAGGUUGGGAAAACACAGAAAAUACCAGCUCUGACACUGGAGAAAGCUGAGACAAGUAACAUAACUGGAUAAAAAGAUACAAUGUAGUGCUAGAAUUGCUUGGGAAUUCUACUUUUUUUUUUAAAAUGAACUUCCACUAUUAUUUCCUUAUUAAAAGUAUGCCUUGUGAUUUCUGGGCAUAUAGCUUUAACUGAAAGUGCCUUUUUCAGUAUUAUCACAUCACAAUAAUAUGAGUACAUGUUUGAGAACGUACAAAAAAAACAUUAUUGAAAUAAGAAUUGCUGCGGAAAAUCAGAUGCGCUGAAACAAAUUAAAAGAAACUUAUUAUGGAGUUACCAAAUGUACUGUCUAAUCUUUAAAGUUCAGGAUUUGCUAUUUUGCACAUACAAACUGUAACUGUACUUCACUGAUUGCUUUGGUACCUGAUUCUUUUCAAGGAGCUAUUGAUUGUAAUUGGUUUAAAUUGUCGCAGUAGAUCAAUUUCUUGACCUGCUAAAGCAUCCUUGCUGAAAAGGAUAAAGAAUAAGGACAGGAGUAAAUGCCAGUUAAAUAAAAGGCGAGUUUGGAAGUAAGAAUAUGGAGAAUAAAUGCUGGUCAACCCAGCAAUACCCACUUUCUGUGAAUGAAUAAAAAACAUGAAACCCUAAAUAGAAAGACAGAAUGGGCAAGGCAAAAGAAUAGUAUAGAUGCUGACUGUAAAGUUAAAUUGUACUUGAAAUUAUCUACAGAAUUAAUUUAAAGUCAGGAACAUGCUAUCACAGUUACUUCUAUAAGACUAUUAAAACUUAAUGUGAUUCUGAGCAAAUUUAAUUUCUUUUGAAAAGUACAUACAGAUCUUGUUAAUUGGUGCCUCGGUAAUUAUUACAGGUUACUCUUUCUCAAUACAGGUUAAGAAUUCACUUUUGAGCAGAACUGAGACAAUUUACUAGAUUGGGGGUUCUCAACCAGAUUUCUGUGACCUGUAGGUUUCAAAAAGAAAUCCUGUACUUCUUGCAAAUAUAAAUGUCAUGCCAAUCAAAAUCCAUGUUGGGAAAAAUGGCCAAGAUGCAGUUUCAAUUAAGAAGUGAUGUCCAAUGAUUGUGUAUCAAAGGUGGCAGUUUCUCUGUGGUUGCACAUAUUUUGCUGAAGUAUAAACAGAGAGCAUGAGGGAAGAAAACAGCUGGUCUAUGUGCAACACAGCAUAGGCAAUUGAUGUUUGGUUGCAGAGAGAGAGAUUGAUUGUGGGGUGUGGGUGGGUAUGGAACUUAAAAUAUCAUGACCAUGUUUGUAAAAUGGUUAUAUUAUGUUUCAGAAGCAGAAAUUAGCAAAGUCUAAGCUUAUGAUGGAUGACUAAAGCUAUUCCACAAAAUCCCACAAUUUUUCCAAGUAUUUGUGUGCCUUGGACUUACUGUAUGCACCUGUCAUUUGACUGGAAAAACACUGGUCAGGACCAGGACUUGUCAUUAUUGCUGUGCAACUCAAUGGAUUAAAUCAUUGUUGCAGAUUUUGACAUGUACUAUAUGACUUUAUAAUUCCACAAGUGAAUUUGUAAGAGUGGCAACAAUAUAGUUGAUUUAUUGUCUUCUGUGUAAUUGGAAAUUAAAGUUGUGAUUGAUGUGAUAUUUA